AUGGACCGAGACAGCCGGGAGCUUCAAAUACGCCACGAUACUGCCGUCAUUGAAACCGUCGCCUUUUCCGUCGAAGAAGUCAGAUGCGUCCUCAGUCAAAUAAAACCUGAUAAGUCUCCUGGACCCGACGGAAUUCCCGUGCUGAUACUUAAGGAGCUAUCAACGGAGCUGUCAAAGCCCCUUUCGACUCUCUUUGAGCUGUCAAUGAGAACAGGAAGGCUGCCCUCACAGUGGAAGACAGCUAACCUCGUUCCCCUACAUAAAGGCGGUAGCAGGAUGGCAGCAAGCUGUUUCAGGCCUAUUAGCCUAACCUGCCUCUCGUGCAAAACGAUGGAAGCUCUAGUAAAGAGUGCCAUACAGCAAUUUUGUGAAGAAAAUAACCUCUUGCAGGAUUUCCAGCAUGGCUUCCCGAGAGGACGUUCUUGCCUCUCAAAUCUGCUAGCUUGUCUGGAGAUCUGGACCAGGACUCUAGAAGAUGGUUUUGAGGUCGAUGUCGUAUACAUCGAUUUCCGCAAAGCUUUUGACACUGUCCCGCACCAACGUCUUCUUCACAAAUUGAGCGCCAUCGGCAUCCGGGGAGAUCUUCUGAAGUGGAUUAGGGCGUUCCUGAUUGGUCGGAAACAACGUGUCUGUAUCGGGGAUGAUAUGUCAGAAUGGGUGAACGUGACCAGUGGUGUGCCGCAAGGCUCAGUUCUGGGACCAUUGCUCUUCAUCCUUUACGUUAACGACAGCCUUCAGGAACUUGGCUGCGGCAAAAUAAUGUUUGCAGAUGAUGUUAACCUCUGGUAAGUCAUUAAGGGUCCGAAUGAUCAGAGAUCCCUUCAGGAUAAUUUGCACUGACUGCAAGCGUGGUCGGAGAAAUGGCUUCUAGACUUCAAUGUACAGAAGUGUGCCGUCCUCCAUCUGCGUCCAACUAACUCUCAUUCAAAUCAGAGCCUGAGGACAUAUCAUCUGAAAGAUAUAAGACUCCCCGCAGAAUCUUCACAGAAGGAUCUCGGGGUUUGGAUACAGAACAAUUUGAAACCAACAUUGCAGUGCUACAAGGCUGCAAAAAACGCAAUGGGAGUGCUGCAUGCAAUAAAAAGGGCUUUCGUAAACUUUGACCAAGACCUUUUAGGGAGAGUUUACGGCACAUUUGUUCGGCCCCACUUAGAAUAUGGCAUUCAAGCAUGGCGACCGUGGCUAGUAAAGGAGCAAGCAUGCCUAGAACGAGUACACCGGCGUGCAACAAAGCUGGUAAACGGUCUAAAAAGCCAGUCCUACACAGACAGACUGAAUUGCCUUAAUUUAUUCCCUCUGUGUUAGAGGUAGCAAAGAGGUGAUCUUGUCCUCGUCUACAAGAUAAUACAUGGCCUUGAGUAUGGACUUAAAUUUGAGGAAAUGUUUCAGUGGCACCUUGCACCUAAUCUUCGUGGUCACUCGAUGAAGUUACGGACAGCAAUGUCCAGGCUGAUUCUUCGUUCUGAAUUUUUCACGCAGAGGGUAGUGGAGAAAUGGAACGAUCUCCCUCAGUCAGUCGUGGAGGCUACGUACCUGCAACUCUUCAAGAAACGCUUGGAUGAGUAUUUGUGUCCCCUGUUUUCCCUCGACAGUCUGAAUGAGAACUAAGACCCCACGUCCCCACAAAUGUUUUCUCUGAGACAAUGCUACUCAAAUGAAUCAAGUACUGUUUUAAUAGUGAAUAUUUUUUGUUCGUGUACAGUUAUUUCUAACGCGCUGACAUGUAGUCAAUAGGGUUUUCAAAGGCUUUGCCUAUUAUCCUUACCAAAUAAAUAAAUAAAUAAAUUUUAAUUUAAUGCCAGUUUACAGGCAUUGUCAAGGGAAGCGAUUAAACACAAAUCCGACCAGCAGUGAAAAAAAACUCCUGAGUUUAAGGCAUAAAAAUAUAGUUGAUGGUGGUUUUUGUGGUUUGGAGGGCUCAGGAGAAAAAAACUGUCGGCGGUGGUAGAAUAUCGACCGUCAAGAAGGGGGGAGGUUGCACGGUAUCGGAGAUUAUCGGACGUCAACUUCCUUUCAUGAAGUUGGGGAAAGUCAAAGUAGAGGCGUAGAGGAACAGCUGGUGAGACCGGCCAUAGUGUUCAGAGACCACAAACGCCAUCGGUACGGUACAGUCGAUCAGUAGAUUCAGCACCCAAAAUUUGUGGGAGCUUUUCUGAAUGCAAAAAUCGAGUAAUAGUUCUCUUAAAUAAAGGAAAAUUUUGCAGAGUUUUCACACUCAUGGGUAGUUUAUUCCAAAUAGCAAUUGCAUUUACAGAAAAGAACCGACGAUAUUUAACAGUACGUGCCAGAGGCAGAAAUAAGAAGACCUCACGGUGACUGUUACGUCGUGGGUGGAUAUGAUGUCUUAAAGAGGUGAGCGGGUUAAAUGUGUGAUUAUAUAAGAGUUUAAAUAGCAAAAAUAGUCCCUUUUGUAAUCUACGGAACCAUAAAGGAUCGAGGCCUGUAAGCCGGCAACGUUCUUGGUAAGACAAAUGUCGGUGUUGGGGGGUUAAAAUUCUCUUAGUAAAAAAGUGUUGAACGGAUUCUAUUUUCUUCCGCUCAGUAGCACGCAUGAGGCUAAAUGAAAACGAACAGUAUUCCAGACCAGGUCUAACGUACAUGUUGAAAAGGCGCAUUCUAAUGUCCCUAGUUUUAAAAUUUCGGAGGAUAAACCCGGUCGUUCUACGUGCUUUGGAGACUAUCAAGGCACAGUGCUCCGAGAGAUUAAGACUCUUGGAGUAUGAUACGCCCAAAUCCCUUAUAACCCCUGGCACAUUUAUUGCGUGACCUUCAAUACUUAGUUGAGGUUGGCGGUCGUCGCCAACCACCAUGACUGAGCACUUAUGCCANGAAAGAGAAAGGCGCCAUGUGCGGCACCACUGGGCGAAAGCCUGUAGAUCGCUCUUUAGGAGCUCAAGCACGAUGUCAUGAUCUGCCGGCCUAUAUCGAUAUGCAACUUUAAGAUCAUCGGCAUACAUGAAAGGCUUACCAUUCUGAAAUAAAUCGGGUACAUCAUUAACGAAAAGGCAAAAUAAAAGCGGGCCGAGUACACUACCCUGAAUGACUCCACUCCUCACACGUGUGGGGUUGGAGAUGGUAUUGGAAAUCUUAACUCGUUGUGUGCGAGUGCCCAAAUAAGAGGAUAUAAAAUUCAAAAGUUUGCCACCUAUUCCGAAAGAUGACAAUUUCAAGAGGAGAAGAGCAUGGUCAACACGGUCAAAAGCCUUAGUGAAAUCGAAAUAUACUGUGUAAAGAGCAAAACCAUGGUCCCUAGAUUGGAGAACAUAGUCAAAGAAAGAGAGUUGACAGGUGUCACAAGAUCGAGCUUUGAGGAAUCCAUGCUGAGCAACACUCAGUAAGUUGUUCGCUGUUAAGUGACACAUCAUCUUAUCCUUGAUCAAAGUCUCUAAGAUUUUCGAAACUGCAGGGAGGGUGUUUAUUGGCCGAAAGUCAUCAAAUGAUGUAGAUUUGCCGUGCUUAGGAAUGGGCAAAAUGUGUGAUUCCUUCCACAAUGUAGGAUAAGUUUCACUUUCAAGAGCAAGAUUAAAUAUCUUACAUAAGAGGGAUGGGAAGAUAGUGUUUGCAUCAGCUUUUAAAAUGCUUACUGGGACACCAUCAGGGCCUGGACUAUAAGAUUGACGAAAACGCCGAAUCGCAACAGUCACAUCCCACAGAGUGGAAGUUAUAGUUUCUAGAACUGCCCCAGUCAAUGACUGGAUGGUCGGAAGCGGAGUGGUCGAGUCUUCAAUAAACGUUUUGGACAGGAAAUCAUUGAAGCUAUCCGCGGUUAACUGAAAUAAACUAAAAAUAAACUUUACCACAGCUUCCAUCGUUUUGCAUGGGAGGCAAGUUAAGCUAAUAAGCCGGAAACCGCUUGCGGCCAUUCGGCUACCUCUGUUAUGUAGGGGAACGAGGUUAGCUAUCUUCCAGUGUGAUGGCAGCCUUCCUGUUCUCAUUGGCAGCUCAGAGUGAGUCGAAAGAGGCUUUAACAGGUUCGUUGAUAGCUCCUUAAGUAUCAGCCCAGAAUUUCCGUCGAGUCCAGGAGACUUAUCUGGUUUCACUUGACUGAGGACAUGUCUUACUUCUUCGACGGGAAAGGCAACGGUUUUAAUGUCGGCAGUAUCUUGGUGCAGUUGCAGAUUCCGGCUGUCUUGGCUCAUUUCAAACUCCUGAUUGUCUUCAGAAGUCUCCACCGUAAAAACUGACUGGAAACCUGAGAUAGUAAUUGCACUUUCUGUGGCCCUUCGACUAAUAAGUUUCCGAGACUAUCCAUUAGACACGCAAUUUUCUCCCUAUGUUUUCUCAUACUGCAGAUGUACCCAUUAAACUUCUUCGGACGUGUAAUGGAUUCUGCUACCAUGCAGCGGUCGAAAGAAGUUCUAGCAGUCCGUAUUUGCUUGCGGCAUUUAUUGCGCUGUUCCUUAUAUUCGGUGAAUGUUAUUGGAUCUCGAAGUAGCAAAUACUUCUUCCACAGCCUCUGUUUUUUUUACUUCAUGGUCUCCGUUGUCACUGGAGUGACCCACAGCAGUCGCGCCCGUGGUCUAGAUAUUUUUAUUGGACAAUAGGAGUCAAUUAGGCGCUCUAUAACCCUGCGAAGGUACUGUCAAAAUUAUUCUGAAUUUUCCAUGUUGGCUGACCAGGUUUCCUUUAAAAGGGUACCUCUGAUUGCGUUAAAGUCACCCUUCCAAAUAUUUCUGCGCCUCUUGAUUUUCGGUUGUUGUUUCGAUAGUAGAUCGCACACGCAGGUAAAACCGAGUGGAGGUUGUGGAUUCACUUCCCUUAUGACUCCUUCUUCUUUGUUAAAUAUGAGAUCUAAUCAGUUAGAUCGUUGUCCUUCUCUCGGUCUUUUUCCGAAUUUUGUGUGUUGAAUGAGGUAUUCAUUCACAGAGAGAGACUUUUAUUAGGUUGUGUUCGAAUGACUUGGAGGAGGCGUAUUGUAAGGAAAUUUUCCAGUCUUCUCCUGGAGCGCUAACGUCACCCCGACUUAGUAAGUUCUCCUGUUUACGUAACAACUCCAGUGCACUACGUAAUUCCAUAUCGGCUAUUUCAUUCGAGCUGGGAGGCCAAUAGACAACACACAUGUAAAGCGUCGGUAAUUGUUUGAUCCAUAUAAAUUUAUAGAUUAGAUUAUAGUAUUCUAGCCAUCGACUGCUGGUGCUCACAGCCCCAAAAGCUGGCAAGUCGAAGAAAUCAUCGAGAUAUAGGGCACAUUCCCGGUUCCUAAAAAUCCGGUACGCCUGUAUGAGGUGUUCUCGGAUCUGCCUGUACUCAAGAGUAUAUAUAUUAAGCUCAUCAAAUCUGCUGUCGUAAGGCCUUUCACAAUUUUGGUCGCUCUCCUCUGAACUCUUUUCAGCAACUUGUAGUCUUUUUUCAGCCACGAGCCCACGCUUGGAUUCCGUAUUCCAGAUGCGAACGAAUGAACGCUCCGUAUACAUCUCCAAACAAAUCUGUCUAUAUCUAUGAAAGUUCGUUUAACGGCGAAGGGAAAUACCGAAAAAUCCAAAGACAUUUUUCUCGUAGGUCAAUAGGGCAAAACGCAAUCGGGACUCCAUUCCUUGUCUUAAGAAGUAUCAGGGAAAUAAGCCAACCGAUAACUCAGUUAAGACGAAGCUCUAAUCCGAUUUCUUCAUGUCCAUGUAUACUGACGAUUCGCCUUUUGAUGAGGAAGUACACCGGCAAAAUGCCCAACCUAGAAAUUCAAUCAACACGGUGGCGUUCACAACCGGAGCAGUAAGGAAAUCUCGGAUACGGCUGCAGCCCGCUAAAUUACCAGGUACGGAGGGCAUAUUCGUAAAAGUUUUGGACGAACUCACAGACCAACUAGCCUCCAACACUUCCCAAGAUUUUCGGAAGUUCUAUAGAAGCAGGGGCUCUGCCUACUGGCUGGAAUCUAACCAACAUCAGUCCCAUUUAUGAAGAAGGAGAAGAAACCUCGCCAAAUAGCUUCAGACAACUGAGUCUUACAAGCAUUUAUUGCAAAUAAAUGGAGAAAAUAAUAAAAAAAGGAACUGUUGAGGCAUAUUGAGGAGAACGACUUACUUAGUGGGUAUCAACAUAUAUUUAGAGGUGGUUGAUCCUGACUCACUAAAAUGCUAACACAAAUGGAAAGCUGAACGAACUUCUUAGAGAUGGGCUUGUCAGUAGAUGCAGUCUACAUCGACUUUAGCAAACCUUUUGACGAGGUACCACACAGACGGCUCAUAUCUAAACUGCACCAAAUAGGUACUGGUAACCUACUCAAGUGUUUGACCCAUUUCCUCACAGGCCGACCUCAGAAUGUGUACCUUGGUGACGCCAAAUCAGAGUGGGAAAACGCUCACGGCGGGGUUCCGCAUGGGAAAUUCCUGGGUCCCAUUCUGCUCUUUGGUAUAUGUGAACAAUUGUCAAGAUUGUCUGACCUGUGAGAGGGUAGUGUUCGCUGAUGAUCUGAAGAUAUGGAGUACGAUUUAAAAGUCAGAUGACGCGCUUAACUUGCAAAAUAACUUAAAUCGACUGCAAGAGUGGUGCGAUGAAUGGUUUCUCAACCUCAAUUUUAACAAAUGUCAAUUCAUCAGACUAAGGUCUAGUUACAGAAGGGACUUGGCAUCUGCAUGUCAGCAUUUCCUCGGAAGCCACGAACUCGAACUAGUAAACGAGGUAAAGGACAUAGGUUUGUGGAUGGCGUCCACUCUCAAACCCUCGUCUUUCUGCGCCAAAAUAUCAACGAAGGCCAUUGGUAUCCUGGAAGCGAUCAGGAGAUCCUUCCCCAACUUCGAGGAAGAGCGUUUCGGUCGACUGUUUUGAACAUUCAUCUGGCCGAUUUUUGAAUAUGGCAUUCAGGCAUGGGGCCCGGGAUGAAGCAAGAUUGCACUCUCCUGGAGAAGGUGCAUAAAAGAGCGACUAAACUAGUCGGUUAGCUGAAGAGACUACCGUACGAGGAAUGGUCAGAAAGGCCCAAACUUUAAAAAAAUUGACCAAUUUAAGUUCACUGUCUACUUCUCUAACAAGUCUGAAGACCAUGAUCAUAUCACCUCUGUAUUGCCUACAAGAGAGAGUUAAAGUUUGGGCCAAACGACAAAUAUAAACUGAAGACAAAGUACGCCAAGCUUGAAGUGCAGGCGAAUUUCCUCUCGCGCCGGGUGAGUUAGGAUUGGGACAAACUACCUGAUCCAGUCGUUCGGGCGGAAAGCGCUGAGGCAUUUAGACGAAGACUUGAUGACAUUUUAUAUGAUGAUCAUGUAUUUACUUCAUAAGGACUGAUGAAAUGCACACGUAUGUCAUCGUACACAUCCGCACGUUUUUUAGUCUUUGUCUGCAAAUAGGAUUUUCAAAGGCUAUGCCCAUCUCCGUCAUGCACACUAAAUUAUACUGAUUUGCCCUUUGUACUCCAGCAUAAUUUUGAGAGAAAAAGGUAGCUGUGUUGCUGUGCUGUUUUCAAUCUUUUUUCCUAUCCGGGAUGCUUUCAGAACUUUUAUUUCCAUAGGUAUUUAAAAUGAUGUGCUUAGAGGACCACUUGUAGUUUGCUGAAAAUUUUGAACUUACGAUUUCAAAAUAAAGCGCAUUUCCUCCUCUUUCCUCCUCAAACGAGUAAGAUCCUCCGAACAACGGUGUUCAGGUCCGACUGCAUAUAAUACAGUCAAGUCCCGAACAACCAAACACUGUUGGCGAUCCCGGUAUCCUUUAUUUUAUCUUUCCUGUGAAUUAGUUGUAUGAUUACGAGGACGAUUUACAAAAUCCUCGCAUGGAUUCGAACUCAUAUUGUCGACUAUCUGUCCCGAACAACCCAUCAGGACUAGAUGGGGCUUCCGACUACUGUAAUGGCGUUUCCCAUCUCCCCUGCCCACGAAUUCCUGCUUUUGCGUUCGAGUAUUUGCUCUAUAGGGUAGUCGGGGUGGUUACGAGUAUAAGAGGGCACCGGUAGCUUAGAUGACCUAUUUAUAUCAUCCCUUGGCAAAAGAGAAACCCUACCAUUUUCAGCAAGAGGAGUAAGCCAGAUAGCUUCAACGAUAGCUUCCCAUUUAAACGCCACCAACUGUAUAUGUGAUCGAUAUCCUCCCCUUUAGAGAUCAGAGGUUUCAAUAGACAUUCCAACUGUCACAGAGUUCCCAAAUGGGUGUGCCUGUGAACAUAUCGUUAUCCAAUGCUUUCUUGACAUUAGUGCACAGUCAUGGUGGUUUGCGACGACUGCAAACCUAAACCAAGUAUUGACGGUCACGACAUAAAUGUGUCUGGGGUUAUUAAGGAUCUGGGCGUAUCACACUCCAGGAGUCUUAAUUUUUCGGAUCACUAUGCCUUUAUAGUCUCCAAAGAACGUAGAACGGCCGGGUUUAUCCUCCGAAACUAUGAAUCCGGCAAUAUUAGAAUGCGUCUUUAUAACAUGUACGUUAGACCUGGCCUGGAAUACUGUUCGUUUUUAUUAAGCCUCAUACGAGCUGCUGAGCGAAAGAAAAUAGAAUCCGUUCGACGCUUUUUUACCAAGAUAGUUUUUACCCCGGAACACCGACAUUUGUCUUACAAAGAACGUUACCGGCUUACAGGCCUUGACCCUUUAUGGUUUGUAGACUACCAAAGGGACUAUUUUUGCCAUUUAAGGUUUUAUAUAAUCGUACCUUUAAUCCGCUGACUACUUUAAGAUAUCCUGUCCACCCCCCCGCCCCCCCCCUCGACAUGACAGUCACUGUAACGUCUUUUUGACUAUUCUUCUGUCACGUACCGUUAAAUAGCGUCGUCCUUUUCUGUAAAUGCAACUUCUAUUCGAAGUAAAAUACCCAGUAAUGUGACAACUUUGCAAAAUUAUCCCUUGUUUAAGAGAACUAUUACUCGAUUUUUGCAUUCAGAAAACCCCCCACAAAUCCGGCCAGCAGUGAAAAAAACUCCUGUCGAAAAGGUGCAGUAGUGGGUUUGAGUGUGCCUUCCUGUUACACUAUGGUUAAGUCAACCUUUUGGAUGACAACUGAGAGAAAGCGCCAGUUACUGUGAAGAUCAGACACUCGUCUACCUACCCAAACGUAGGCAUCAGAAUCAGCCAUAUCUUCCGCCACCAUGAACACUGGCCUUUCAUUAGCUCACCGACUUGCCUCGUUUAGUUCCAAUUUUGAAUUCUGUGUGGUCCUAUUCGAGAUGGUGGCUACCCUCGUGAAGUACGCAAUAGCUGGCAUUGGCGUUGGAUUUUUAACAUAUUGUGUGUAUUUCGAUCGGAAAAGACGAAGUGAUCCACAAUUCCGAAUUAAAUUAGCGCAACGUAACCGUGCCUUUCUUCAAAAAUAACUAUUUCAGGACGCCGAGAACGAGAACUUUCUGCUAAGAAGCAGUCUAUGCCGUCAUUGCCACCCCUGAAUGAUCCCAAGGCGAUUCACCGCUUCUUUCUUGAGCAGAUUCAGCAAGGCGAAGUCGCACUCUCUACUGGUGCUAUUGAUGAAGCUGUGCAAAGUUUCGCUCUAGCUGUCGUCGUCUGCGGUCAGCCCACCCAGCUUUUGCAGGUUCUGCAGCAGUCUCUUAGUCCGCCGGUGUUCUCGAAACUAGUUUCCGCAUUGCCUGCUGUGCGAAAGGUACCCUUUUAUUUUUGUCGUUACACGCCUUUUAGAUGGUUCUGUCCACCAGCAUUCCCACAAGAGGCUCGUCCGUCGAAAUCGAAGAGGACCUCGAGUAG